AUGAGUGUGCAGACUAGCAGUGAGGCUGCGUGGUGUAAGUUUUUCCCAACCACUUUGAAGGGGUUGGCCUUAACCUGGUUCACAGAGCUUCCCUCCGGAAGUAUAUCGAGCUUCGCAGCUCUCGAGAUAGCUUUUAAACAGAAUUUCAUCGCCGGUAGAAGGCAUCGAAAGACAAGUAUUCAUCUCAUGUCAAUCAGACAUGGAAGAGAGGAAGACUUAGCCGAUUACAUCAAAAGAUUCAACGAGGAGCCACUAAAGGUCUCCGAUCUCCAGGACCAUGUCGAGUUCACUACACUCAUGUCUGGGUUUUACCCCUCGAGUAGAUUCAAACUGAAGCUCGCGGAAAGUGAAGCCUCGCCAUUCUCAGAAGCUAUGAACUUUGCCCCAAAAUUCAUUCAAGCCUCUGGUAUUUGCAAGACGCAUGAGGGACCCAGUUCCGUUAAAAGAAAGCACGAGUACGUUCCUCGAGCGGACAAUCCAAGGGAUGUCCCUCAAAAGGAAAAAGACAAAAAGCCCCGACUAGAGGACAAUGGGAACGACCCUCGGUAUAAUUUGAACCGAUGGGAGAUCUACCUCGACAUCAAGGGGAAAUACCCCCUGCCAAAGCCUAAUCCUAUCCGAACGUCCCUCAACAAAAGGGGCAAGAGGCUAUGGUGUGAAUAUCACCAUGAUUGUGGUCACACGACCCGUGACUGUCGGGAACUUAAGAUAGCGCUGGACAAACUAGCCGAUGAAGAAAAAUCGAAUUGGUCCUAA